AUGUCAUCAACUGGGCACUGCUUUGAUAUUGGUAGUGCAACUCGUGAGUCAAUUCAUGAAUUUGAAAGACGUCAAAAAGUUCUGGCUCAAAAGAUCAAUAUUCCUCUCGAUCAAUUAGAUUUUCUAUCCGAUCAAAAUCUACUAGAAAAUUUUGAUACAUUUUGUAGUAAUGAAGGAGUAGCUGGUAAUGGAGCUCUCAUGCGUUUAGCACCUGUUCCACUCUUCUUUCAACGGGACUCCAAAACAGCCGUCGAAUACUCUGGUAUUAGUGGCCAAAUUACUCAUGGUGAUCAAAAAGCUUAUGAUGCAUGCCGUUACUAUGGAGCUCUAAUCGUGGCCGCUGUCCGAGGCGUUCCCAAAUUUCAGUUAUUAAGUAAUGAAUUUUAUAAGGAUCGUAUGGAUUGGUUCAACGGCAAACCUCUUCAUAAAGAUAUCGAAAAUAUUGCAAAAGGAUCAUACAAACGAAAGAAUGGCUAUGAAGAUGGAAUUCGUGGUAAAGGAUACAUUGUGUCGGCUCUUGAAGCAGCUUUAUGGGCCUUCUGGAUUGAUGAAGACUCUUUUGAGAAAGGUGUUCUAGCUGCGGUCAAUCUUGGUGAUGAUACUGACACAACGGCAGCUAUCUAUGGUCAACUUGCUGGCGCAUGCUAUGGCUACAAUAGCUUACCGGAGAAAUGGUUAAAGGCAGUUUAUGCCAAUUGCGAUCUUCAAAGAGCCAAAGAAUGGAUGCCUGUAGAUGUUUCACGUUGGAUACGUUCAUUAGGCGAGCCCUUUCCAAAGUAUGCUGCAAUUUUUAUUCGGAAAGCCGUUAGCGGUUCCAGUCUUCUUACUGUGAUUGACAACAAAACACUUGAAAGUUACGGAGUUGAAGAUGAUCAAGAUCGACGAAAAAUAGUAGAAUAUAUCAAAACUUUGAAAAGUAGUUCCACCCAAGGAGUAACAUCAAGCAAUAGUGGACACGACAUUGUUCACAAUGAACGAUAUAGAAACGCUCUUUAUCCAUUUAAUACGACAGGACCAGCUGAUGUUCAAAUACAAGCGGCUCCAUUGCAUUAUCAAUCAUAA